AUGUCUAAGGCUGUCGGUAUUGAUUUAGGUACUACCUACUCCUGUGUCGCUCACUUCUCCAAUGACAGAGUCGAAAUCUUGGCCAAUGACCAAGGUAACAGAACUACUCCAUCUUUCGUCGCUUUCACUGACACUGAAAGAUUGAUCGGUGAUGCUGCUAAGAAUCAAGCUGCCAUGAACCCUGCUAACACCGUUUUUGACGCUAAACGUUUGAUUGGUAGAAACUUCUCUGACCCAGAAGUCCAAAUGGAUGCUAAGCAUUUCCCAUUCAAGUUGAUUGACGUCGAAGGUAAGCCUCAAAUUCAAGUCGAAUUCAAGGGUGAAACUAAGCAAUUCACUCCUGAACAAAUCUCCUCCAUGGUUUUGGGUAAGAUGAAGGAAACCGCUGAACAAUACUUGGGUUGUCAAGUUAACGAUGCUGUCGUUACCGUCCCAGCUUACUUCAACGAUUCUCAAAGACAAGCUACUAAGGAUGCUGGUACCAUUGCUGGUUUGAACGUUCUACGUAUCAUUAACGAACCAACUGCCGCUGCUAUCGCUUACGGUUUGGACAAGAAGGGUGGUGAAGAAAACGUUUUGAUUUUCGAUUUAGGUGGUGGUACUUUCGAUGUCUCUCUAUUGUCCAUCGAAGAUGGUAUCUUUGAAGUUAAGGCUACCGCUGGUGAUACUCAUUUGGGUGGUGAAGAUUUCGAUAACAGAUUAGUUAACCAUUUCGUUCAAGAAUUCAAGAGAAAGAACAAGAAGGACUUGACUACCAAUCAAAGAGCCUUGAGAAGAUUAAGAACUGCUUGUGAAAGAGCUAAAAGAACUUUAUCCUCUUCUGCUCAAACCUCUGUCGAAAUCGACUCCUUGUUCGAAGGUAUCGACUUCUACACUUCUAUCACUAGAGCUAGAUUCGAAGAAUUGUGUGCUGACUUGUUCAGAUCCACUUUGGACCCUGUCGAAAAGGUUCUAAGAGACGCUAAGUUGGACAAAUCCGCUGUCCAUGAAAUUGUCCUUGUUGGUGGUUCCACUAGAAUUCCAAAGGUUCAAAAGUUGGUCACUGACUACUUCAACGGUAAGGAACCAAACAGAUCCAUUAACCCAGAUGAAGCUGUUGCUUACGGUGCCGCUGUCCAAGCUGCUAUCUUGACUGGUGACCAAUCUUCCAAGACUCAAGAUUUACUAUUGUUAGAUGUUGCUCCAUUGUCUCUAGGUAUUGAAACCGCUGGUGGUGUCAUGACCAAGUUGAUUCCAAGAAACUCUACUAUCCCAACCAAGAAGUCUGAAAUUUUCUCCACCUAUGCUGAUAACCAACCAGGUGUCUUAAUUCAAGUCUUUGAAGGUGAAAGAGCUAAGACGAAGGAUAACAACUUGUUAGGUAAGUUCGAAUUAUCUGGUAUCCCACCUGCCCCAAGAGGUGUUCCACAAAUUGAAGUCACUUUCGAUGUCGACUCUAAUGGUAUCUUAAAUGUUUCUGCUGUUGAAAAGGGUACUGGUAAGUCUAACAAGAUUACCAUUACUAACGACAAGGGUAGAUUAUCCAAGGAUGAUAUUGAAAGAAUGGUUGCUGAAGCUGAAAAGUUCAAGGAAGAAGAUGAAAAGGAAUCUGCUAGAAUCGCUUCCAAGAACCAAUUGGAAUCCAUUGCUUACUCUUUGAAAUCUACUGUCAGUGAAGCUGGUGAUAAAUUAGAAGAAGCUGACAAAGAAGCUGUCACUAAGAAGGCUGAUGAAACCAUUGCUUGGUUAGACUCUAACUUGACCGCCACUAAGGAAGAAUUCGAUGACCAAUUGAAGGAAUUGCAAGAAGUUGCCAACCCAAUCAUGUCUAAGAUGUACGCUGCUGGUGGUGAACCAGGUGCUGCUCCAGGCGGUUUCCCAGCUGGUGGUGCUCCACCUCCAGCUCCAGAAGCUGAAGGUCCAACUGUCGAAGAAGUUGAUUAA